AUGUCGUGGGCAAGGCGCUACCUCUUUGUCUCGAAUGCUGACAAUGGCCAGACGGCGCCGCUGAUGCCGAUCAUGCUCGAGCUGGCACAGCGCGGCUGCCAGUGCAUUCUGGUCUCGGCAGCCAAGGUCCUAUCGCGAGUGCAGGCUAUCCAGCGGCUGGGGUCGUUCCCCGUGCAAACAGAGGCGGGAUCUGCGACGGGUGCCGUGCUCAAGACGCACCCGCUUCUGCUGCACUCGCUGGGCGAGAGCCCUGUGCUCACCUACCUCAACUUUGUCGAGGAGUACCCGGAGCGCUUCCACGAGCACUGCUGCCGGAAGCCGGGCGACGUCAUGGGCUGGACGAAGCUGUACACGGAGCUCGUGCCCGACUCGACGGACGAGUACCUGCGCAUCGUGCACCUCGUGCGCGAUGCCGUGGACGCCCUCGAUCCUGACAUGAUCAUCGUCGACAACUUUAGCCCGUUCGCCGUGGACGGCGUCCGGCUCACGAAGCGCCCCUUUAUCGAGACAGCCCCGGGCUCGGCGAUGGGUCUCGCGAAUCGCGUGAACCCAUUCAAGCAGCCCCUCGCGAUGAGCGGCGGACGAUCAGAAGCGGGUGGUCUCUCGGUCGUCCACCGCAACACGUCGUACGUGUUCCGGUGGCUGUACUUUGCGCUGUACGACCCAUGGUCCAUUCGCCGUCGUCAGUUCCGAAAAGACGUUUUGCGCCUCACAGCGCCGAGUCUCAUGGACGACGCGAUCAUGCCGCCGUCGCCUGGCGUUCUGCCGCAGCAGAUCGCGACGAUCACGUUCAACGUCGCAGGGCUCGACAUCUACGCCCCGUCCGCGUACGACCGCUCCGUGUUCUUUGUCGGCCCCUGCUUCCCGCCCCAGGCACAGCCCGACGCGCAGCAGCCAGCCGAUGACGAGGUCAUCGCAUGGAUGGACAAGAUGCACGCGGAGGGCCGGCGUGUCGUGUGCAUCAACAUGGGCACCAUCUACUACUACCAGCCGCAGGACUACGCCCAUAUGGUGCAAGCGCUCCACAUGAUCCACGAGCAGAAUCCCAACGUGGCGUUUUUGUGGAAGAUUGCGCAGCGGCCCAAGCACGUGCAGAAUAUUCCGUCCGAGGACGAGGCAGCGCUGCCGCCGUACGUGCGCCGCUUGUCGUGGAUCCCAUCCAUGACGGCGGUGAUGGAGCACCCAGCGCUGGCCGUCAUGAUGCACCACGGCGGUGGCAACUCGCUGAACGAGUGCCUGGCGUACGGCAUCCCACAAUUCUGUAUAUCGCAGUGGGUCGAUACGCACGACAUUGGCCUGUGCAUCAGGCACUCGGGCGUCGGCUUGUGGUCCGAGUACUCACCCGACUUUGUGCCGGAGGACAUUUGCUCUCAGCUCCUGCAGCUCGUCGAGGACAAAGACCACACGUUCCGCCACACGGCACUGUCGUGGAAGCUCAAGACGCAGCAGGCUGGCGGCACCAAGUUUGCCGCGGAUCUCAUCCAGUCGUACGUCACUGAUUAUACAUACGCGGGCGGCAGUAGCAAGGCGCCUAUGCCUCAUGCCAUGUAA